GACAACCUUGUUGGUAGUGAUAACGCAAACAUUCGCGCAAACAAGGCUAAGAGCGAGUGUUUGCUGGAUGCACGAAAUGCYGAAAAAAUGCAUUUCACGACAGGUCUCCGUGUUAAACGAAAACUGUCUUAGUUUUUUUUACACUUGAAAGUUGUUAAAAGCAUUGGUUUUCUUUUUAAAACUUUAAUUUGCAAACUUUGGGAAUUCUCUGGGGAAUUCAAGUCAUCAUAUUGUAGGGCCGUAUUAAAUACUUUCUUGGCGUGUCUUGGCGUGUGAUAGCUGUGGAGAUUACAGAGGUCCAAGACUGCAAUAAAGAUGAUUUCUGACUUAACUUGGAGUUAAUGCUCCUGGGGCAUCGAACGUUCGAAAAGCUCUUCUAUUUUGUGAUUGGAAAUGAGCCUACAAGGUCACAAUGAGCAGAUUUCUGCYAAACAGAAAAACCGUCACAAUGAUCACAUUUCUGCCAAACAAAAAAACACUCURAUGCAGAAGAACCUCAAAGUGUAUCGAGAACAAGUUAUAAAACAAGAGGUUAUUGACUUGGAACGAGUUCGAACCGAAAGAAAACUCAACCUAGAGGCGAAAAGUUUGAUGCAAUAUCUGAARUUUCCGACUGURGAUGAUAGGAAACAAUUSAGAUCCGAGUCACAGCCAUCAUCACCCAAGUUAUUAAGCAAAACUCAAAGGAGCUUCAGUACACCGCCAUCGCCCAUUCCAAGAAGAGGGUCAUUACCAAACGUAACCGAUUUAACAAUAAAAAACAAGCAGAACGAGACAGURAUUUCGCCACCAUCACCACUGCUGUCCAGGAAAAACCAUUUCCAUUUUGSUAAAGAUGCACAAUUAUCAUUUACACAAGSUACGUCACCUSCGAGACGCGGCUCAAUGAACGAUAUCAUAGUYCCACUAUCAAUACAUCCAYCGUCGACUUCACCAAGRAGAGGCUCUAUGGGUGAACUCCCAUCAAGCCUUUUACAACGACGAAGAAGUAAUGUACCUCCCCUUUCACCACUGUGCGAUAAGCCUUUAAGUGCGUUCACGAAGUCUUUGUCAAAACGAAUACAAUUGAGACGAACUAAAAGUGGAWCCAGCGUGUCACCGCCAGAGUCACCGAGGAUAGGUUCUCUUGAAGAGCAAUUCAAGUCAUUGGAAUCGUGUCGUUAUCUGAGACGCCGAGGAUCACUAGACGUUGAUGWUUUUGAUACCCAACAAAAUGAUGUGAACGAAGAUUAAACUCUGUGAAGAAUUAUUGAUAUAAAAGGUGCAAAAAUUAUCGCUUGCAAACAGCACAAUUUUCAUGGAUAUAGGAUUAGUAUUUUGUACUUAAUGUACUCGUGAAACAAUAGAAAACAAAGGGGUUUUGUACAACCAAUUGAACAUCAGUCAAAGCCCAUGUAACCUGCAUUUCAUUAGUAGGUCCUAAGAAAUUAACCAGUCAUUAAUAUUUGUCAUUGCAGUUUUUAAUGGUAACACUUAAAAUAAUUUGGAUAUAAUGAUUUUACUUAUCUGUUAAURAAAUCAUCAAUUUCUAGGCCGAUGAUAUAGUUAAUCAAUUAUUUUCAAAAAAAUAAUACUAGAAUUAUAUAACGGAAAAAUACACUUGUCGACAGCGAAUUUGAACAGAGUAAACUGAGUAAAACAGCAAAAAAAAAAAAAGACGCGCGCCA